CACGCCUCUUUCACUCUCUGUGUGUCUCUCUCUCCUUCUUCUAUUUCUUGUAUAACUUGUUUGUCUUGAGUUGAAACUUGGGCAGUCUCAUUGCGUCACCAGCCCUAUAAGACUGGGACACAGUCAGGACACACAACAGGACACAUAUCACCAUGAUGGACCUGUUAACGUUUGAGAGGGAGAACCGUGAGCGUGUCCAGGCAGUGGAGAACUCCUUUGGUCCAGGAGGGAGUUCCCUAUCCAAGCCAGGUCGGGUUCUGAUGGGACAGGGCCGUCUGAUCAAGCAGGGUCGUCGAAAGCCUGCGCCAAAGGUUUUUUUCCUCUUCAACGAUGUGCUGGUGUACGGCAGCAUCAUCCUGAACAACCGCUGGUACAAAAACCCAAAGGUCAUCCCUCUAGAGGACAUCCAGCUGGAGGACAUGGAGGACGGUGUGGCAUUGAGCAACCAAUGGCUGAUCCGUACACCCCGCAAGUCCUUUUUUGUGUCUGCCCCUUCAUUCGAAGAGAAGCGGUCCUGGAUGAACCACAUCGAAGACUGCCGGUCAAACCUGCUGGAGGGCGGGAGCAGCCGGCAGGGUGGCUCCACCUUUGCCGUUGCCUGGAUACCAGACCAGGCCGCCUUCAAAUGCAUGCGCUGCUUCAACAAGUUCAGCCCGACUAACCGGCGACACCACUGCCGAAAAUGUGGCUUUUUGGUCUGCAAUGCUUGCUCCAAGACGCGAGAAGUGAUCGGCAACAUUCACCCCACCAAGAGGCAGAGGGUCUGCAGUCUCUGCCACACCAGGAACAAGGGAGAGGACAUGUCCUGUCUGGAGGGGGACAGCACCCCACGCAAGAACAGCUCAGAGGAGGACUAUGAAGCAGCAUCCAGCGAUGAAGAGGAAAGGACAAAUACCUUUGUUGAAAGCCGCUGGCUGGACUCCCAGAUGAACACCUGGGGACAGACGGACACAUAUGUUUACCCAAGACCAGUGCAACAGCAGCCCGAAUAAACCACAUCAACACAGUUACAGUCUGUCAGAUGUGUUCACCAUCAUUAUUAAACAAUGAAUUGUAUUAUGAAGACAGUUGCACUUUUGAAUGGAUUAAGUCGACACAAAUGUGAUCUAGUUAAAUGUAACCAAAACUAAUCUUUAAUUAUGCAUUGUAUUUGUAGUUACAAAUUACAAUUAAUUACAGUUGUCAUUACUGCACUUUUUAUACUGU